AUGCAGCAAGCAACACAGUUACAGUUGUUACCCAGUGGACAGAGCUCCUUCCAGCCCCAGCACACCCCCAAUUUUCAAGGCAGAGUGGGGACACUGUGUUUACAACCCCAUUGUGAGCAGCCUGCAUCCAGGGAGACCCCCCUGCAACAGCCAGAUAAGGGUAAGAUGGUGCCUCGCUCCAUUCCACGCCUCCGGGCCGUUGUUGAGAGCCAGGCCUUCAAGAACGUCCUGGUGGAUGAGAUGGACCUGAUGCUGUCUCAUGCAGCCACCCUCAUCCAAGCCAACUGGAGGGGCUACCGGCUCCGGCAGAAGCUGAUUUCCCAGAUGUUGGCAGCUAAAGCCAUCCAGGAGGCCUGGCGACGCUUGUAUACCAGGCGCCUCCUCCGGUCUGGCAAGGAGAUGGAGAAAAAAGUGAGCAUGGAUGAGGGGGACAUCCCUUACCAUCCCCCCCAGCAGGUGCGGUUCCAGUCUGCAGAAGAGAGCAAGCUCCUCCCUGCCCCACCUGUCACAGUGAGUAGGGAGACCCAGUCCCCUUCUGCUAACGUCUCAGCUGCCACUACCCACCAGCUGGCCCUGGGGCAGCCUCCAGGCAUUCCACAGCCGGGCGUGCAGGCUCCAUGUACCACUGGAGGCCCCAGCGGCACUUUCCCGCCACAACAGACUGUCUCCAUGAGACUUCCAUGUCCAGCAAGUCCAGAUGCAAAGAGCCACCCAUGCCUGCUAACCAGAACUAUCAGAAAUACCAGUCUCAUCCACACAGAAGGUAACACAGUGAAAACCAAGCAAGUGAUUACCAGAGCCAACAAGGAAGGAGCCCUGGCGCCACUGCCAUGUGGAAGGUGUGCCCAGGAACUUCACAGAGCCCUCCAGACCCAGACCCAGGGCCCUGUAGAAGCAGAGGUCCUUAAAGCCCCACCCCAGACAGGCCAAGCAUCUGUGAUGACCAAGACCCCACUCCAGCAGUUCCCGGUGACCACCAUAACCACAACUAAGAUCCCACCCCAGAUGUGCCCAGCAACUGCAGUGACCAAGACCCCACUCCAGUCGUGUUUGGCGUCCAUGAUGAACAAAACCGUACCCCAGCCUUGCCCAGCACCCACAGUAACAAUAACCAAGACCACACCCCAGGUAGACUCAGCAGCCCCAGUGGCCAAGGCCCCGUUCCAGUCAUGCCUGGCAGCAAUCUUGAGCAAGAACUCAACCCAGCCAUGCCCGGUACCCUCAAUAAUGAUAACAAAGACCACACCCCAGCCGUGCUUGGCGGCUUCAGUGACCAAGACUCCAGAUCAGAUGCAACCAACAGCCUCGAUGACCAACACUGCACCCCAGACACAACCAGCUGCCAUGUUGGCCAAAAUCUCCCCCCAGAUAUGCCUGUUGACUUCAGUGAUCAAGCCUCCGACUCAGACAAGCCCAGUGCCCAUGAUGGCCAAGACCCAGCCUCAGACAUGCCAGGUCCCUGUAAUGCCCAAGACCCCACCCCGAACAUGCCAGGUGCCCAUGAUGGCCAAGACCCGGCCCCAGACAUGCCCAGCAGCCACCAUGGCUAAGACUCCACUGCAGACAUGUCCAGUGGCUGCGAUGGCCAAAACCCCAUCUCAGACGCUCCCAGGGUCCUCCAUGACCAAGAUCCCUCCCCAGACGCGUCUGGCAGCCAUGAUCACCAAGACACCAGCCCAGUUACGCUCAAUGGCCACCAUUCUCAGGACGCUGUGCCAGCCCCCUUCUGCAGCUGGAAAUCUGAAGGCUUCACCUCCAGCAGCCGUGGCAGCUGCUAUUCCUAACACCUCAUCACAUACAUGUCUGAAUAGACCAAAGGCCAAGGCUGUGGUGACUGGGAGACAGACGGUGGGCAUGGUCAAAGUCUCGUCCCAUUCACACUUGACUGAGGGAAAAGUGAAAUACUGCCCCCCACCACAUCUGGGGGCUGGGACUCCCAAGGCUCUGGCUAGGCCUUCUUUGGAAGGCGAGAAAAUCAAGACCUUCUCCCAGAAACAGGUGAAAACAGCAACUAUGUAUAACACCAGUGUGGCCAAGGACAGGAGCAAGGUCUUAUCACAGGCACAGCUGAAGAAAGAUGUUGUGAAGGUUCAGUCCAAGGUGUACAUGCCUGUAGAAAUGAAUGUGGUUCUACCCCAGGCACAGCUGGGCACCAAUCCAGCUAAGGCCCUGCCGCAGGCACAGAUGGCCACCUGUUCAAGCCCAGCUUCAUCCCGUGGACAUCUGUUUGCCAAGCUGUCUGUAGCCCUGCCCCAGGCAAAUCUGGGCAUGUGUCUGUCCAAGCCCCUACCCCAGGCACAUCCACCUGCCAAGCUAAGCAAAGCCCCGACCCUUGCCCAUCAUGGCACGUGUCCAACCAAGACACAGUCCCGGAUGCAUCUGACCACAGGAGUGAUAAAGGUCCAGUCUCAAGCAGAUCUGCCAACCAGGCUGACCAAGGCCCAGCCCCAAGUGCCACUGGUCCCAGAAACAGCCAAGUGCCCCCACACUGCCCAUCAGGCCCCUGAAGAAGGCAAGACUCAGUCCCAGCCACCCCUGGCUGGGUUCAAAACUUUAGCCCAGCCCUGCCAACGGGCUGGCCCUCUUGGCACUUUGUCUCGAGCCAAGCCAGAGGACAGACUGACGCAGCUUCCGGCUCACGGCUAUGCCCAGGGUAAAGCCCCCAAGGGCCCACACCAGGAGGCCUCUGAGACCCAGAGCAUGCUGGUGCCGCUGCUGGCAUCCACUGGACACCUCACGUGCAAUGCUGAAUCCCGCAGUGACAGCGGGACCACCUGGGCCCAGCCACCAACCACCAGCCCAGCUGUACCCUGUCAGGAGGAGCUGGUGGCCUCCCAGCUUGCCUCACUGUGUGCUGAGCUGGCCGCUGUGCUGGGCUCUCAGGAGGACCUCCGCGAUAUGCUGGCAAAAGCUCUCUCCCAGGGGGAAGUGAGAGCGGCACUGAACCAGGCCCUGUCCAAGGAAGUCUUGGGCACUAUGAUGGCCAAGGUCCUGCCCCAAGGCAUGCUGGGCACAGCACUGGUGAAGGCGCUGUCCUGGGGCGAGCUGGGCGCUACACUGUCCCGUGCCCUGUCCCAGGGUGAGCUGCGGGCAGAACUCACUAAGGCUAUGCAGGGCAAACUGGGGGAUAUGCUCAACAAGGCCCUGACAGAAGAAGAGUGGGCCACCCUGAACCAGGCCCUGUGUCAGGGUGAGCUGGGUGCCAUCCUGAGCCAGUCCUUGUCUCAGGCGGCCCUGAGGAGUGGACUCAUCCUUCCUAAGGCUGCCUCGAAAACAUUGGAAAGUGGGAUGAUGGUGACGCCAGCCCCAGUGGAGGUGACCUACAGGGGGAGCCCAUCAGCUGCGUGGGGGCCCACCCUGGGCCGUGUGAGACCACAGACCAGCAAGGGCCCCGUGGAUGCCAACGUGGCUGGUGGCCAAGAGUGGAAGCGAGCCUGGGCACGAGCCAAGUGCACUGUGCCAGGGGACGCCGUGGGCAGCCGGGCAGCGGUGGAUCUAAGACGGCUGGGCGAGCUAGUAGCGUCGGUGCAUACUGUGGAGAAGAUAAUAGUGCAAGCCGUGAUCACUAUACAGGCAUGUGCACGUGGCUACCUGGUGCGUCGUACCAUCAGAGUGUGGCACCAGUGGGCUGUCGUCAUCCAGGCUGCCUGGCGUGGCCACUGCACGCGGCGGAACUUGGCCCAGCUCUGCAGAGCUGCCACAGUCAUUCAGGCCACAUGGCGAGGCUACUUCACCCGACGGAGACGAGCCCAGCAAAUGCUGCUCCCUGCCAUGUGGGCUUGCAUGGGCGACAGGGUCCAGUUGAUCUCCAACCACCGCUGCUUCCAGUCGUGCCAGCCAAAGGCCUGCACCCUCUGCCAGUCGCUGAGUCCCCAGCUGGGGAGGCUGCCCAGUGCAGUGAUGCUUGUGGGUUCCAGCCCUCGCACAUGCCACACGUGUGGGCAAACACUGCCCACGCGGGUGGUACAGGGCAUGGGCCAGGGCAGUACAGGCCAGGCUGGCAUGCCAUGGAGCUGCGGCACCCAGCUGAUUCCCCAGAGCCCUCAGCGGCAGCUCCUUGGCCAGAAUAAGGCAGCCAUCAUCAUCCAGUCCGCCUGGAGGGGCUUCAUUGUGCGUCGCUGGCUAAGGCAGCAGCAAGUUGCAGCCAAGAUGCUCCAAGCCACCUGGCGCGGCCACUAUACCCGGGCUUCCCUCACCACGGAUGCACUCUUGGGACCAGUGGCGUGGGACAGCCCACAGAACAUGCAAUGGCCAGGAGUCUAG